AUAUUCAUUAACUCGAUAUUAGUUAAUCAUUUUUUUUAUCAACACUCGCUGGGCGCUCAGUGGCUUCCGCAGAAAGUGAUAGCCUGAAAACAUGCAUGUACCCUUAAUGCACACUGGUGAAUAUUUAUGACAAUCACAACAAUAACUCUUUGAUAAGCACAGCUGGUACCAUUGAUUUCCAAAACAAUUUGACAGCUUUCUACAUUCAAGACAGAACUAAUCUCCUGCUAGGAAAGAGGUUUCGAUGCAAGAAACGAAGAUGAAAGACAAUGUUUUAUGAAUACAAAGUGAUCAAGAGCUCCCAGGCAACUAAUUAACUAUAAAUGGGUCUAAGUAGGGUUGAAGAACUAGAAGCAAGGUGCUCAGAGCUCGAAGAACUAUACAAAGAAGCUGUCCAGGCCCGCGAUGAAGCUAUAGAAGAAAGAAACAGCGCGACSGUGGUUCUUGCCAUUCAACUUGAGAAAGAAACACAAGAACUUAACUCGAAAAUCGACACAUUAAACAAAGAAAAUAACAGACUGCUAGAUGAGAAUGAUGACUUACAGAUUAAGUUAGAAUAUGCAAGGAAAGAUUUGAAGAAACUACAGAAAACACAUAUAAAACUUCAGCUUGAAACUGAAAAGUACAUAACAGAAAAAGACGACGCAAUUCAGAAACUCAAAGAAUUUGAGAACGCUGAAUCAAAGAAUAAAUCAGAGAGUAAAGAACAAAAUACAAAUAACCAUAACUGCCGAACCAACAGUUGUAAUAAGGAAAGUAACAUUGCAUCUGAUAUACGAAGUGCGAACGGAUCUCAAACUGACAUCAAAGCUGCGACAGCAAUUGCAACUAUUGGAAACAACAACAGCGACAGCAGUGGUGAGAGUAGCGUUGACAACAGCGUCAACAGCAGCAACACAAACCAUGUGAAGACAAACGGAUUGCACAAAGAAAGCGAUGGAAAAGUUCCGGAAACUAAAGCUGUAGCAUCAGCCAAAGACAUGGACAAGGACGAGGGUCAUACAUCCAUUAGUAAAGAUGAACAAGAGCCCAGACCUCCUAUCAAGCUUAAGACAUCAUCAAUCCAAGAUGACUACGACGUCCACGAAGAGCUUGGAAAGGGUAAAUUCGGCGUUGUCAAGAGAGUCACUCACAAGUCGUCUGGCGAGGUAUUGGCUGCAAAGUACAUCAAGACUUCAUCAGUUGCCGGSUCAUCACGUGACGAUGUCCUGAGAGAGAUCAACAUCAUGGGUAGACUACAUCACGAAAGGCUUGUGGGAUUGCUGGAUGCUUAUGAUGCUGGAAGAAACAUUAUUAUGAUCAUGGAAUUUAUUUCUGGUGGUGAGUUGUUUGAGCGAGUCGUGGAUGAGGAUUGUCUAACAGAGAAGGAAGCAGCACACUACAUGUAUCAGAUACUGCAAGGACUGCAGCACAUGCAUGACAUGAGUAUUCUUCACCUUGAUCUCAAGCCGGAGAACAUCGUGUGCGUUAGCAAGGACAGCUGGGACAUCAAACUGAUUGACUUCGGCCUCGCUAUGGAGCUCGUCCCAGGAACAAAGCUUAAAGCCAUGAAAGGAACUCCAGAGUUUAUGGCACCCGAAGCUGUGAACUUUGAGACUAUYGGGAAGGCUUCAGACAUGUGGAGCAUAGGAGUAAUAGCAUAUAUACUGUUGAGCGGCUUGUCGCCCUUCAUGGGAGAUGACAACAACGAGACUCUSUCAAAUGUCAAUGCUGCCGARUGGGACUUUGACGAUGAAGCUUUUGAUGUAAUAUCAGAAGAAGCAAAGGAGUUUAUAUCACAGCUYYUGAUUAAGAAUCCAAAGAAACGCAAUACUGUAGAAGACUGUUUGAACCACAACUGGAUGAAGAAAAGUGCAUCUUCAGAUGCAGUCAAAAUUGAUACCAAGAAACUCAAACAGUUUUUAGCUAAGCGAAGAUGGCAGAUUAAAUGUGACAAUCAAACUGACGAUGAUGAUGAGAAAUCUGUCAAUGCCUUAGUAGCAGUGAGACGAUUAUCUUCUAUGACUAACCUACUUGGUCUCAAUAAAUCUCGUCCUUCAAUUUCACCACUUCUUGCUGUUGUCCCAUCAACCAAGGAAGAAAGUGAAGAGGAUGAAGAAAAGGAGUCUAAAAACGAGAAUGAAAAAGAUGAGAAAAUGAACGAAAAUGAUGACAGUAAAGAAUCGGAAACUGAAACUGCAAAUAUCAAUGAGGCCAAGCAAGGAAAUGAGAMAAAUAACAACGUAGCUGUAAAAGACAAUCAAGAAAAUUCUCAGCAAAAUCUGGGAGAGCAACACCUAACGCAGCAACACCAACCUCAGCCAGAGCAACCACAACCAGAGCAAACAGAGCCAACUCGGGUAGAGCAACCACAGACAGAGCAAACACAAACAGAACCAACCCAGGCAGAGUCAUUACAGUCAGAACAAUCUGGACCGACUCAGGCAGAGGAGCUUCAGCUAGAGGAACAAGGAGAAAAUCGAAUAAAUGAAAAUGAGGAAAUGCAAAUUCUUUCCAAAAAACCUGUUUUCAUAAAAGAGCUGGAUGACUUCACCGUYCGCGAGGGCGAGACCGUUAUCAUGGAAGCCAUUGUGGAUGGAGGUCCCGGAUGUAGGGUUGAAUGGCUAUUUGAUGGUGGUGAAGUGAAUGACAGGGAAGGAGUGUCUAUUGUCGACCAUGGAGAUGGUCGUCAUACUGUGGUGAUCACUGACCUUUACUAAAGAGCUGACCGACAUGGCUGCCCAAGAGGGUGAUACUGUGACGAUGGAAGUCACAGUAGCAGGAGAGGACUAUGACCUGGAGUGGUUUAAGAACGCUGUGGAUGUAGUCGAAGGUGGACGCUUCUCGUUCAUCAACAAAGGGGAGGGGCAACAUGCGCUUGUCAUUACUAGCGUAGAGGACGAUGAUACUGGAGAGUACUGCUGUGUGGCUCAGAAUGACGGUGGAAGGGGCACGUGCGCUGGGUAUUUUACAGUUGAAGUGGAAGAGGAAGAAGAAGAGGAAGAAGAUAUCAGUGAGGACGAAACAGACGAGGAAAUGUAUGAAGAAGAGAAAGUCAAGCUCAAAAACGGGUUUAUUGAAGAUUUUUACGCCGUUGAAGAAGAAAUCGGAAGAGGAAGGUUUGGUAUUGUUCGCAAGUGCGUCCACAUCCAGACAGGCAUCCAUUUUGUUGCAAAGGCGAUUAAAACUCGUCCCAGUCARAAAGAAGAAUUCAGACGAGAGAUUGAUGUCUUAAAUUCACUCCGUCAUCCAAAUAUUUGYCGAAUUAGAGACGCAUUUGAAGGAGCGAGAGAGAUUGUUCUUGUYCUGGAAUUUAACCGCGGAGGCGACUUAUUGAAGAGAAUCAACGACGAGCCGAUGUCAGAACCUGAGAGUGUGAAUAUCUUGCAGCAAGUUUUAAACGCUGUUAACUACAUACACGAGAACAGCUACAUGCAUCUUGAUAUCAAGCCCGAAAAUAUCAUGUUCAAACGCGAAGGAGGAAAUACAGUCAAGUUAAUUGACUUCAGUCUUACAAGAAAAUACGACCCUAAAGUUGAAACCAAAAUAUCCCAGGGUACAGCAGAAUAUGUCGCUCCUGAAAUAGUCAACUAUGAUUGUGUUACCCCUGCUACAGACAUGUGGGCUGUUGGAGUUAUCUCUUACAUGUUAUUAAGUGGAAAGUCGCCAUUUUUAGGCGAGAGCGAGGCCGACACAUUUGCUAACAUCACACACUGCCGCUGGUUGUUUACUGAUGURUUYAAUGAUGUCAGUGGUGAAGCCAAGGAAUACAUAAGCAAGCUUUUGGUCAAGCAGAAAACAGGACGAAUGAGCGCCUCUGAGUGUUUAAAGCAUCCUUGGAUUACGACAGUUGGUGCGCGAGGAGAGAAAGAAAGAUCCAUCCGUCCAACAUUAUCGCACACUACCAGCUUGAGCGAUCUCAGUACCAGGCUUCUGGAUGGUGGGGACAUUCCYGAGAGCAUCUCAUCAGUGGAGUCUUACCUACGGUUGCACAGCUCUAGUGACGACGUCUUUACUGAAGAAGAUGGAAGGCAGUCUGUAGAUGCAAAAGAACUGGAAGCAACUCUACAAGUUUUCAUGCUGAAACUUCGAGACGUCGAAAGCGAAAGGGCAGAACUUGAAGAAAWGCUUCAAAAAGAGGAAAACAAGGCGAAGGAACUCGAACGCAACAAGAAUAAUUUAAGAGAAAAGAUAACUAAAUUAAAAAAGGAAAACGAAACUUUSUCUGCUCAAGUCAAAUCGAAGAAUGAUCUGUUGAUCAAAGUAGGUAAUCUAGAGACAGAGACAAAACAUUUGAAUGAAAAACUUGAAGAGAAAAACAAGUUUCAAAAGACUUUAGAGGAACGUUGUAGCAACUUGAGGACAAAACUUGAGCAGUACGACUUUUUAGAAGAGAAACUUUAUCGGUACGAGAGAGAAAAGAAAGAAACUGUGCGCACAAUUGAGAACCUUCAAGAGGAGCUUGAUGAGCUGAAACACGUUGAAAAAAACUUGGAAAACAAAAACGCUGAGAAUGAUAAGGAAAAAUCAACCAAAAUUGAAGAACUGAUGUCAGAAAAGCAAAGCAUUGAGAACAAAUACAAUGAACUACGACUCGAGAAGGACAAUAUUGUCUCAGAAUUAACAAAAAAGAGUUCUAUUAUAGAAAAUAAGAGAAAAGAAUUAAGUAAUCAAGUCCGUAGUUUAGAAAAAAAGACAAAAGAUUUAGAAAAAGACUUACAAAAGCGAGAAAAUGAAUUAUCGGAAGCUAAAGGAAAACUAGUCCAAAGCAAAGAACUGCUCAAUCAGACUGCAAACUUAGAAAAAAAGAUAAAAGACUUAGACGUGGUAUUGAAAGAGCGAGAAAACGAUUUAUCAGAAACAAAAAAGAAAUUAGAAAGGUCAGAAAAGGAUUWCGAAAAAUUAAAGCGAAGAACUARUAAAGAGAUCGAAGCAAAAGUAGCUUCCAUUUCUGAAGAAAAUCAAAAAACAAACCAAGAGCUCGAAGACAAAAUGACCUCAAAAAUAGCUUCCAUGAUAGAGGAAAAGCAAGGGAUCGAAAAAGAAUGUACCAAAUUCAAAAAGCAAAAAGAAGAAGCGCAGAAAACAUGUGAAGAACUGGCAUCAAAGUUAAGCAAAGCCUACAGUGAGAUGGAAAAGCUAAAAAGUUCCAGUAUACUUGCAAGGGAUUAUGAUAAAUUACGGCGAGAAAGAGACGAACUCAAAAAGAAUAUCASCUCUUUAGAAGAGAAGUGYUCGAAGCUAUCACGUGACCUAAAAUCCCGUGACAYACAGAUCUCCGAUCUUCAAAACGACUUGGAAUCUUCCGAGAAGGAAAAGCAAAAAAUCCAAGAAAUGAGAAAGAUUAGUAAGAUUAAUUCUGAGAAUAAUUCAGAAAGUUUGAAAUCAACUUUGAUCGACUUAGAAUCGACCAUUCUUGCGCAUAAGUCAACCAUUGCCGUCUCUAAGGGAGAAAUUGAGUUGUUACAGGAGAAAUUGGCACUGGAAGAAGAUAAAAAUGCACGUUUUAGAGAAGAGUUGCAGGACAAAAAGAGGGUUAUCAGUGAUUUGAAAAGUGAGAAAGCAGAAAUAAUUGCUCAAUACGAAGACGAACUAGACGAGGCUCUGGACUGCUACGARCAGAGCAAGAAGGAAAUGAUAACUAAAUUCGAGAAAAGACUGAAAGAAUUAGAAAAUGAGUCUUCUUCGGAAAAUAAUCGGAACACUGGUGAAAGACMAAUCGUAAACGAAGAGGAGGUCAAAGCCGUAAUCCGAGCCACAUUCGAAAGUCUUGGUCAGUUAAGAUCUUUAGGCGAAACCAAAGAUAAAUUUGACAAAGGAUUAUUGAAAACAGUAAAGAUGCAGACCGAUUUUAUUGUCAAGGGUCUAAACAACAAUCACCAAAUUGAUGAUCAGACAAGUGUUUUCGAGGAGUUGGAAGCUGCCAUUGGAAAGAGAGCAACUGCUCGCAARGAGUUGGAGGAGAAGCUGGAGGAUUCUUUGAAGGAAAAAGACCUCGUUGUUGCCAGARUCAACAAAGUCAAACAGAAAUAUCAUGACCAAAGUGAUGCCCUUCUGGAUGCAAAGCACAAGAUUGAAGUYCUACAAAAUACAAUCCAAGAAUCAAGAGAAAAGGUUUUGAAAGUGGACAAUUUAGAAGAGGAAAACAAAGUUUUGAAAUGGAGAAUGAAUGARUUGAGCUCGAUGAAGCAAACACUAGAUGAAAAGAUCGACGACCAGGAAGGUGAAAUGUUGUUACUUGAGCGAGAGUUUCAACAGUGCAAAGAAAAGSUGCAAACAAUGGAGCAACUCGAGGAMGAGAACACCAGCUUACAGAAUACUGUGGAAAAGCUUGAAAAAUCCAUCGACAACCAAAAUAAUAAAAUGACGGAAGCAGUGAAAAAACUCGAAGAAGAAAAUGCUAGUUUGAAACAUAAAGUUAAAAUGUUUUACAAAACCAAUGGUGAUUUGAGAGAGAAACUAUCMGAUUCAGAGAAGGAGAUUGGAAUUCUUGAGUCAAAGUUUGACUUUAAUAAAAGGGCGCUCAAAAAUUCUGAAAGCGAGAAUGAGAGGCUGCAGAGAGCAAAUCAAACAGUGAAAGAAAAGCUUAAAUCUGCCAAAGCAAAUGUCAAAACACUGGAACAUCAACUCGAAGAGAAGAAAGAUUCCUACGAGACACUUUUCAAAGAAAACUGUGAUUUACAGAAGAGCUUUGAWACCAUUGACUCUCAAAACGGAGACUUUAAGAAACAAAUUGAAGACAACCUCCAAGACAUUAAAGCUCUUAGAAAGCAAGAGGAAAUGUUGUUGGAAGCAACCGAAACACUAGAAAAAGAGAAAGAAGAGUUGAACGUCAAGUGGAAUUCACUUCUUAAAGAAAAACAAAACAAAGACGACGAGUUGGGAAGAMUAAAAAAAGAAGUUGAAAACCUAAGAACACAGCUCACGAACCAAAAAGAUGUACUCGAAAGACGACAAGAUGAGAUAGAAAYAUUGAAAUCAGAUUUAAAGGAAAGAAAAAAAUUGGAAGCGCAGAUAAAGGAACUUAAGAAACAAGAGGAAGAAGGAUACAAAGUGCUUGAAAACCUCAGAACWAAGAAUAAACGAUUGGAGUUUGAACUUUGUGAUCUUAGGAAGAACCAACAGCAGAAAGAAGAUGAUUGCUUUAAGUCACAAAGUGAAAAAGAAUCWCUUCAAAGUGAAGUGCAUGAAAUGUCUUCAUCGCUCAGAGAGUUGCAGCAGGAAAAGAAGAACUUAACUCUUAAGAUCAAUGAACAAGAAAAAGUGUUACAAGAGAAAAGUGACGCAUUUGCAAAGCUACAAACCCAGUUGAAUACCCUUAACAAGAAUUUAACGGAUAGUAAUAACUCGAUCCAAGAUCUUGAAAAUGAAAACGAUCGGUUAAAGACUAACCUUGAGAAGCUGAAUCAAACAAUUCGAGAACAGAAGCAAAAUAUAAUCGCGAAAGAGCAGCAAUUUCAAAGCAUUAAAGAACAGGACGAAGUCAACARUAAAAGACUCUCCUCGCUGAUGAAGGAUAACAAGGAUUUGAUUUCAGAAAGUAUCGCAAAUAACAAACUCAUAGAAGAGCAAAGAGUUCAUUUAUCUGAAGCAACAGAUGAAGUGGAAAAACUCCAGAGAACAAUUGAAGACUUUGAGAAAGAAAAGAAGAGCGGAUUUGCGAUGUACCAAGAGCUGAAACGACAGUGCGAAGAAAAAGAGAGCAAACUGAAAAGUUCUAAUGACAUAAAGAAUGAACUKGCUUUAUUUGAAGAGAAAUUGGAUGCCAUGAAAAUCGAAAUGAGCACAGUUAAAGGCGAUCUUAAACGAAAAUCUGAUGAUUUUGAUAUUCUUAAUGAAGAAAAUAUAUGUUUAAAUAAAGAUGUUGAAAAUCUACGAAAAGAAAGACUAGAAGGKUACCAAAUGCUAGGGCAAAUKGAAAAAAAGAAUGUUCAACUUAAAGAGGAAUUGAGGCAAGUUCGUAAAGCGCUACGUGUCUACAAGGACGAAGUCACCAAACAAAAUGAGAAAAUCAAAAGAAAAGAUGAAGAGAUCCAAACUUCGGCGAUUAAAAUCAGGAAACUAUCGAAUGAAAAGAUGCCUUUAGAUGAUGAAAAGCUAGAUGAUUCCUUCCAGGAGCUGGAAGAUCCUUUCGACCAAACUCUUGAGAAAACUGAGUUGUUUAAAAUUGAUGAAGUACAAAUGUUAGAAGCGGAGCAACCCAUGCAAAACUCGUUAUUUGAGACUUUAGCCGAAAAUAAACCCAUUGUUGUUGAUAAUAGUGUUCAAACUGAAGCACAGUCCAUUGAAAGACCUGUACUGGUAAAUAAUGAGGUCCAGACAGAAAGCCCUCUUCACGUUAACAGUGGCGUGCAGACAGCCCAGAAAACUGUUGAGCGACUCUUCCUUGUUGAAAGUGGUGUUCAAACUGAAGCACAGUCCACUGAACGACCAGCAUUAUCCAAAAGUACACAAACAGAGAGGCCUGUCUAUAUUAACAGUUGURUGCAGACAGCCAWAAAGACCAUUGAUAGAUCCGUACUUGUAAGACCUGUACUAGCUGAUAAUGAGACGCAGACAGCAAGGACUCUUCAUGUCAACAAUGCCGUGCAGACYGCACARAAAACACUUGGUGACAGAUCCAUACUUAUUGAUAACGAUGUGCAAACCGAGRAGCGAACCAUCACRAGACCUAUUUUAGUUGAUGGUGAAGUGCAGACAGAAAAUUUGCCUCCUGACGAACCAAUUCUCGUUGAAGAUGCUGCUGACAACAGUGACCAAACAGACAAACACGACUUUCAGAAGUUUGCAUUUGUAGAAAAYGGUAUGCAAACAGAGGAACACGUCUUUUACAGACCUCACCAUAUUGACAGUGGCACCCAAACAGUCUUCCCUAAGCUCAUAGUUGAUAAUAGUGCUCAAACCGAGGACGAAGUCAAUGAUAGUAGACCUGCAUACGUUUACAAUGGAGUUCAAACUGACCAAAAAGACAGUGAAGAACAUCUGCAGGUUGAAAAGGUGGGCAAAGCUGAACAACAAUUGUGUGAAAAACCUGUAUCAGUUGACGAAGAAGUACAGACAGAAGAACAAUCCAACAAUCCGUCUUUCAAAAAUGUGGCACAAAUAGGGAUAGAAUCCAACCAAAACACAACAGAUUUAAAUUUUGAAGAAAAUUUCAAGAGACAACUUUCCAUGAUGACAACCCGAAAUGAAGAACUUGAAGGGGARCUCACGUAUGAAAAGAAUAGAAGCGAGUACUUGGAAAAGAGAAGAAGAGAGCUCCAAGAACAUUUGGAGAAACUGCAAGAGAAAGAAAAGGCAGAUGAUUUGAAUGAGAAAAUAGCCAAACUUAAGGACAAUAAUAAAAUCCUCARUGAAGAGAUUGAAGCUCAGAAAAGAAAAAUUGAAGAAUUGCACUCAAAACUUGAUCAAGAUAGUAAGAAUCAGGUUGAGUUGUUGGAAAGUCGUUUGCAAGCAAUUAAACACAGGUUUAUCACUUGUGUUCUUGAGCCACUUACAAAUAUGCGUCAACAUGACCAAGACGUCUGCAUCGAGAAGUUUGCAACAUGGGAAAAGAUAAAGGAGGAUAUCAUGGAGAUGUUGAGAAAACAUGACGAGAUUAARUCUGAAAACCAGUCCUUGCGGUUGGCCUGGAUGAAAUUGAAUAAAGACUAUCGACAGAUGACUACAGAAGGAGAAAAGGACACUGAGGCACAAACAACAAUUYGCAAUUCUAACAGUCGAGGAGUGGACACCUCUUCGACAGAGCUAGUUAUCCAAAAGCUCAAAACACUCAAAGAGAAGUUCCAAGAAAUGCGGGUGGAUACAAACUUCUUCGAAGAAUUUCAAGAACUGAGACUGGAACAAGAUGACUUAAAGAAAAAGAUCAAAGAAGAUUCGGAGCAAGUCAAUCUCUUAAAAGAGCAAAGCCAGGAAAUAAUAUCACGUGUAGGAAACAUGAUUGACAUCUUUGAAGGAAAACCCACACACACCGAGAGUCGUUUGGAGUUGAAUUUCAACUUUGAGGCUACCCUACGAAGCUCGUUCACUGAACAUUAUGGUAGAACAGAUAACCAAGGGACUUUUCUUAUGGAUGAAGCUGAGGAGGUAUCAUUCUCAGACGAGCUUCAGCACAUUGAUCCCCAAUACUUUCCUGGAAUAUUCCAGGAAAUGUUGGCUAAGCUGGGCAGUGAGUUUGAAAUAGAGCAACGAGAUGUAAUGGUGGAACUGGUUAGACGAAAUCGACAAGUUUAUGAACUGCAGAAGGAAAUAGAUUGUCUAAAUGCGAAGUUGAAAGCUAAACUAUUGGAAAGCAAACACGAGAAGAUUAAAGAAGAAGACUACAAAGACAUUGAAAAAAUGAAAAAAGAAAAUAACCAACUUAAUGAGCAAAAUGAAAAAUUGAAUCAACUCAUCCAAGAAGUUAAUUCUCRAAAAGAAUCGAAAGAAACCGAACUUUCACUACUAACUAAAGAAAAACAAGAACUUGAAAAAGAACUUGAAAAUAUGAAACAAACUCAUCAAACAACUCUCCAGGAACUURAAAUGGUGAAGGAGUCCAUGAAAAAAAUAUCAAAACAGAAAGAAGACAUGAGUGUGGGUAUUGUUUUGAGAGACAAGAAAAUUUCCCUUUACGAGAAAGAACUAAAGGAUCUUCAGAAUAGAAAAAAUGUUAAGAAUGGUGAAGGAACUGUUCAAAAUGGCCACGAGGACGAUGAAGGUGUUAUAAAUGAUUUAAGAGAUGAGCUGAGAGAAGCACAACAUAGAGCUGCUGCACUAGAGGUCGAACUGGAUCAKYUUCAGGAAAGCAUCAAAAGUGACCAGGAAGAAGUAGAAAACAAGUGGGCACAGCGACUCCGAAAGGAAUGCUCAGAGCUCCAGGCAGAUCUUGGCGACAAAUUUGCCCAAGAAAAGCGAGUAUGGUUAAAGAAAGAAGCUGAACUACAGAAUAUGAUUCGGCAAAUGAAGACACUUUUAGAAAAACGUGCAAAAGAAGCUCAAGUGAUGAAGAAAAAACUCGAAAAACAGGAAAUAGAGAGAAGCCCUGAAAAUGAUCUUGGUGGUGCUUCACGUCCAGGAAGAGAGCAACCAGAUGAACAGACGAAGRAAGUGUUCAAUGAACUAUCAAACUCCAGUCCAAAUCAAAAGUUGAUCGGCAAUCCUGAAAUUUCUCGAUCAGCAAGCAAAAGUAGUGACCUUACAAGUGUAGCUAGUCUUGAUUCCAGUUCGAUUUCUGAUGAUGCAGUUGAUGGUCGCUCUCUUGACGCAGUCGAUACCGCUGGUCAACUGGGAAAAGUCAACAAGAAGAAAGAUGGCUUAAGUGAUCGAGACUUACGUCGUGUAGCGUACAAGUUAACCAACGAAGAAUGGACUCAACUGGGUUCAUUUCUUGGAGUUUCCGACACCGAGCUGCAAAGUAUUCUUGCUCUUAACAUGGGACCCCAGGAAAAGGCAUUCCGUCUUCUCUGCCUGUGGAAUUCUAGAAGUACUCUGGGAAGAAAUCAACUCGUGUCUCAGCUGGCCAUCGCUCUGGAGGAAAUUAACCGCAAAGACGCCGCUCAGUUUGUUGUCGAGCAAAUGAUGACUGGGAAACCACGGAAGAAGUUUUUUGGAUGGCGAAAGUAAAAUCUACAUAUAUAGAAAGUAUACAGAACACCAAGAAAGGCAGAACGUACUGCUUCUUAUAGCCCACCUUAUAUCGCCACAUCCAGUUAUUAGAUUUAUUUUUAAUUAUAAAACAUAGUGCAAUACAAAACUCUAAUAAUCAACUGUUCGUUACAACGUACAGCACAAUAUUUUGAAAUAAACUUACAUUAUAUUACAUUA